AUGGCUGAUCAAACAUUAUUAGCAAAAGCUCGAAAAGCUCGAUUUGAUGAUUUACCAAAUUUUUCAGGACAUCCUUCUGAGGAUGUCGAACGAUUUUUAAAACGUAUUAAAAAUAUUACAAAAGCCAAUGCUGAAUCAGAAAAUAAAGAAAUUCUUGAAAUUGUACGUGGUAAAUUAACCCAAUCAGCAGGCUUAUGGUUUGAUAACAAUGAACAUAAUUUUAAAAAAUGGUCAGAUUUCGAAGUUCAAUUUCGAAAUCGUUAUUUUUCAACAACAAUGAUUCAUAAAAAGUUUGAUCAAUUAAAGCAACGACAACAAUUACAUAAUGAACCUGUUACUGCUUAUAUUGAUGAUAUCAUUAAUUUAUGUCGUGAAAUUGAUCCAACUAUGUCAGAUUCAAGUAUUAUUCAACAUCUGAUGAGUGGUAUUAAUCCUGAUUUUAAAAAAGAAAUUUCUCGGCAUGAAUCAUGUUUAUAUAACUUAAACGAAUUUUUAAAAUAUGCCAAAAUUGAACAAGAUUUACAUGAUACAUUUGAUAAAUCUCAACAAUUAUCAUUCGAAUAUACACAACAAAAUGUUUUAAAUAAUUAUCGACCAUUUACUUCAGUUACAACCACAUUGUACAAUGUCUCCACAUUUUCAAUAACUGGGUCACAUGAUGGCGGUGUUCCCAGUCAAUGUAUUCAGCCAUCAACAACAACAUCUUCUCCCGUUUAUAUCAAGAUUCGUGUUAACAAUCAACCAACUGAAGCAAUUGUUGAUACCGGUUCCGCCAUCUCAAUCACUCAUGCAAAUUUUCUCAAAACUAUUCAUCAUGAACAUUUUAUUUAUAACAAUUAUAUAUGUCAAACAGCAAAUUCAACACCACUUAAUAUAAUCGGUCAAAUUAAAUUAGAACUAAGACUUAAAUCAACAACAACAUACGUCAUCGCUCAUGUGGCAACAAAUUUAAUUACAUCUGUAUUAUUAGGUAAUGACUGGAUUAAUUCAAAUCAUGUUCAUCUAUUUGGUGAUCAACAACAACUGACUAUUCCUGAUCAACAUGAUCAAUUAAUAUCGAUUUCAUACGUAGCACCUACAUCUAUUAACUAUCCAGCAUUAUUAAUUGAUCAAAUCACUCUUCCACCAUACUCACAAAUAUUAGUUGAUAUUUCAUGUGAAAUUAAUAAUGAUCAUAAUCUGAUAUUUGAACCAUAUUCAAACUAUGCCUCAAAAUUUAUUUUUAUACCACAUACAUUAUUAAAUAUCAACAAUCAUAAAGCUAAAAUAUUACUAAUCAAUGCUCAGAAUCAACAAACAAUAUUACCAAGAAAUACACGAAUCGGAACUCUUUCUCGUCCUUCAACUUACACAAUAUGUUUUAGUACAUCAAAUCCAACAAAACAAAAUUCAUCUUUCAAUAAAUAUAAUCAAUCAACAUCCAGUAAUUCAAGCAAAUUAAAAUAUAGAGCUGUCACAAAUAAAAAUGACAACUCGGAAGAAGAAAAAUUAGAUAUUAUUUGUGACAAUUGCAAUGAAUAUUUUCUAUCUGGUAAUGAUUUACAAAAACAUUUACGAGCAAAAUGCUACUCUGAUGAAAUUCGUCAAAAGAUAUUCGAUUUAACAAAACAUAUAGGAAAUGAAAAAAACCGUUCGAAAAUUGAAGAUAUAUUAUGGCAUAAUAAAAUUCUAUUCGAUCCUACACCAUCCAUUAUUAACAUUCCACCACAAUCAGCAAUCAAGACAGGUGAUCAUCCACCUAUUUACUCAAAACAAUAUUCGUCUUCUUUAAAAGAUCAAGAUAUUAAAUUGCAAGAAACACAAAAAUUAUUAGAACGUGGUCAAAUUGAAGAAUCAACUUCUCCAUGGUCAUCACCUAUUGUUCUUGUUAAGAAAAAAGACAAAACAAUGCGAUUUUGCAUUGAUUAUCGACGAUUAAAUACUAUUACAAUUAAGGAUGCAUUUCCAUUACCCCGUAUUGAUGAAAUUUUUGAUCAAUUAUCCGAUGCAAUGUAUUACACAAAAUUUGAUUUUAAAUCUGGUUAUUUCCAGGUACCUCUAUCUAAAGAGGACCGACCUAAAACUGCAUUUUCAACUCGUGAUAAUCAUUAUCAAUUUACUGUCUUACCUCAAGGAAUUACAAAUGGACCAGCAACAUUUCAACGUGUAAUAAAUCAUAUAUUAGGGCCUGCGAGAUGGAAAUAUGCAUUAGCGUAUAUCGAUGAUGUAAUUAUUUUUUCGAAAACAUUUGAAGAACAUUUAAUACACCUUAAUGAUAUUUGUACAAUAUUAAAAAAUGCUCGAUUUCGUCUGAAUCCAGACAAAUGUGAAAUUGCUCAAACUGAAACAGAUUACCUUGGACAUAAUAUAAGAAAUGGUGAAAUUCGUCCAAGUUCUCAUAAUUUUCAUGGGUUAUUAAAUACCAGAUUACCACAAACUGCAGAUGAAGCUUGUAAAUUUGUUAAAGCAGCUGAAUAUUAUCGCAAAUUUAUUCCCAAUUUUUCUCAAAUCGCUGAACCACUUAGGAAAUUUGUUCCAACUACAAGAACUCAACAAAAGAAAGGACAAAACACAAGGAUUACAUUAACACAAGAUGAACUUAAAGCAUUCGAACAACUUAAACAUUUUCUUACAACUGACUUAGUGUUACGAUUACCGAACAAUAGAUUCCCUUUCAAGGUUCAAACAGAUGCUUCGGAUGAGGGAAUCGGUGCAGUAUUAUUACAAAUAUAUCCAGAUGGUGAUAGACCAAUUGCAUAUCUUUCGAAGAAACUUACACAAGCACAACGCAAAUGGUCUCCAAUGGAACAAGAAUGUUACGCAUUUAUAUGUGCAUUAGAUAAAUGGCAUAAUUAUUUAAGUGGAAUUCAAUUUACUUGGGAAACUGAUCACAAAGCAUUAACACAAUUAAACCAAAAAGCUCAAAUUAACAAACGAUGCGAGAGAUGGAGAUUAAAAAUUUUAGAAUAUGAUUUCAAGGUGAAAUACAUUCCAGGCUUAACAAAUUCUAUGCCCGAUUAUUUAUCAAGAUCUCCUGUUGAAGAUGCUGAAGAAGAUCCUGAUGAAACCACACACCUUCAUUCCAAAUCAACACAAACUGAUAUUUUAUAUGAUGACCAACAUUCAUCCAUCAUCGCAGCUGUUGAAACUCGUGCUAUGAAAUUACGAAAUAACACUUUAAAUGAACUUUCAAAUAGAACAAAAUUAACAUCAGAUUCUCUACAUAAUUCUAUUCAAUAG